AUGUCGGAUGACAAGCGCAGUCUGCUGCAGCCGGAGGCCCCGGCGGCCACCGAAGAGGUGCCGGAAGUGUACCGGUCGCUUAACUUCCGCAGUCUACAAGACCCGUACUCGCACCGCGGCGGUGAUACUAUGACCAGUCACUACAGUACCUUACGCACCGACAAUUUAGAAGCGAUGCUCAACGGUGGUCUUGAAAAGUUCUACAAGAAGUAUAACCACCUGUCCCGGAAGAUCAACCUACAGCUACCAACUCCCGAGGUGCGCUUCCAAGACCUGUCGUUCUCGGUGCAGGUGCCGGCGAGUGUAGCCGGCCACAACACGGUGGGGUCUCAUUUGGCAUCUAUCUUCACACCGUGGCAAAAGGUGCCUAUGGUGACUAAACACGCACUGCACCCGAUGACCGGCAUCAUCAAACCGGGUUCUAUGACUCUGAUCCUAGCCAACCCGGGUGCCGGCAAGUCGACGUUCCUUAAGGCACUGGCCGGUAAGCUGCAAGAUAACAAGCAGACGGAGAUCGGUGGAGAGAUCUUGUAUUCGGGUCUGCGUGGCGACGAGAUCGACUUGAUCAAACUGGCCGGUCUGGUCGACCAGACGGACAAUCACAUUCCGACGUUGACUGUGCGCGAGACGUUCAAGUUCGCCGACAUGUGUGUGAACGGCCGUCCGGAGGACCAACCCGAGGAGAUGCGCGACAUCGCUGCUCUCCGCACGGAGCUGUUCCUUCAGAUCCUUGGUCUGGAGAACUGUGCCGACACUGUGGUCGGUGACGCCCUGCUGCGUGGUGUGAGCGGUGGCGAGCGUAAGCGUGUGACUGUCGGUGAAGUGCUGGUCGGUGGCCAGAGUCUGUUCCUGUGUGACGAGAUCUCCACGGGUCUGGAUAGUGCUGCCACCUUCGAUAUCGUCAAGUCCAUGCGUACGUGGUGCAAGACGCUCGGUGGCUCCGUCAUCGUGGCACUACUGCAACCGACCCCCGAAGUCGUGGAGAUGUUUGACGAUAUUCUCAUGGUCCACGAAGGGCACAUGGUCUACCACGGCCCUCGUACCGAGAUCCUCGACUAUUUUGAGAACCUGGGCUUCACAUGUCCACCACGCGUCGACCCUGCUGAUUUCCUGAUCGAAGUGACGUCGGGACGUGGUCACCGGUACGCGAACGGUAGCGUUGAGACUAGGAACCUACCCGUCACGCCCGAAGAACUUAACCAUUUGUUCUGUCAAUCGGACAUUUUCAAAAAGACCCACGAGGCCAUCAGCAAGGGCUUCAAUGAGCACCAGUUCGAGAAUGCCGAAGAUUUCAAGAAGGCCAAGAGUGUAACCAACCUGGCCCGGUCGAAGCAGAACUCGGAGUUCGGACUGGCGUUCAUCCCAAGCACGUUGUUGCUAUUGAACCGGCAGAAGUUGAUCUGGUUGCGAGACCCACCGCUACUUUGGGGUAAGCUACUUGAAGCGCUGCUUAUCGGUCUGGUUAUGGGCAUGAUCUACUUCAACGUCAGCUCGACGUACUACCUGCGUAUGAUCUUCUUCAGCAUCGCACUGUUCCAGCGUCAAGCGUGGCAACAGAUCACCAUCUCUCUGUCGCUGUGGUUCGCUGAAGUGCCCUACCUGAUCAUCGUGAUCGUGCUGUUCGUGACGAUCGAGUACUGGCUGGUUGGCUGGAGUGACAACGGAGGCGACUUCAUCUUCUUCAUGUUCGUCUUCUACCUCUACACGUCGGCUUGUACCUACGUGGGUCAGUGGAUGUCGGCUUUGAUGCCGAACGAGAAGGUGGCGAACGUGGCUGUCGGUGCGCUGUCGUGUUUGUUCAACCUGUUCUCGGGCUACUUGCUGCCACGGACAGCCAUGAAGCACGGCUACAAGUGGUUCCAGUACCUGAUGCCGUCCAGCUACUCGCUCGCGGCGCUGGUUGGCGUGCAGUUCGGCAAAAACCAGGAUAUCAUUGCCGUGACGGCGAACAACUCGACCAAGCAAAUGACUGUGGCAGACUACAUCGCCAACACGUACGACUUCCGCCCGGAACGCAAGUACGACUUCAUGGUUGGCUUGAUUGUCAUUUGGAUCGUGGUGCAGAUGGCCAUCUACCUCACGUUCAAGUACGUGAGUCAUCUCAAGAGAUAA